AUGGGCCAAAUUCGUGCCGAGGAGACCCUCGAGGAGGGUGCAGGAACAAUCGCCAAGUUUCAAGUCGGACAUGGUACAGUCUGUUCCAAUGCAGCCGCUGCUGGUGAUUCGGAGGGCCUAAACCUGAAGCUUCUCGGGGGUGUGGGGGCCUCUCAUGGAGGGGAAGAUGUGCUCGGAGACCUCUUCGACGGUGUCGAUGAGAACAUUGAUCCCGAUGCUCCCGUCGCUCUCGAGGAGGCGGAGAGGCUUCAGCAGCAGGCUAAGAAAAUUUAUGACAAUGCCUUUUCUAGGCUUCAAGAUGAGCCUUCAAGCUGUGGGAAGGAGCUCGAGAAGCUCACCUCAGAGCUGAAAGAUUCGAAGGCCUUCUCUGCCCGAAAGGGGGAGGAUUUGAGCAGGCUUCAUGUGAGUUUGGAGGGAGUGCGCCAGGAAAGGGCUGGCCUUGCUGAGCAGAUUGGGCAAAAGGAUGCCCUGGUGAGGCAACUCCGGGAAGAGGCUGCAACCAAGGAUGCAGAGAUCCUCAAGCUGAAGGGGCAGAAUGAGGCCGUGACCUUGGAGAGGGACCUUUUGCGAGCGGAGUUGGCAUCGACCCAAGAUCUUCUUCGAAGUGCUCAGAAGGAGGCUGCUGCACUAUCCAUGGCCAAGUUUGAGGGAAAAGAAAAUGCAUCUUCAUACAUGAAAGAUUCCGCCACCGCAAAUGAACGAGCUAGAGAGACAUACGAGAAGGCCGAGCAGAAGCUGACUCGGGCCAUUGUUUACGCUGGUUCGCAAGCAAGGAGGCAGGCUCUCGAGGAAGCAAGUGCCAAAGGCACUGAUCUCUCAUCUGAGAUUGAAGAGGCCCGAACCUAG